UAUAAAAUUCUCAGUGAACGAAGUUGUUAUCCGAAACUGCAGUCGACGACGCCUUGACGAAGAGCCAGGAAUACCCUGCGGGUGGCGGCCAAGAUGCAGGACAGCUUCAGUGACGACUCCGACGACUACCUAGAUGUGGUGAGCGGAGCUGAUGAGUGCAGGAAGAAGCCCGGGAGACGUCCUCUGGAGGAGAGGAUAGACAUGACGCCCACGCUCUAUAGGCAACGGAGUUCACAGGAACCUCCAGAUUCUGGGUAUUUUAAUGACACCUCUGCUCCACAGAGUAUUGGAUCUCUUACGUUAUCAAAUGGAUGUGAUGAGAACGGCUCUGCUAAUGACGAGUUAACAGAAAAAUCUGGAAAUAUGAUGAAUGGGCAGACUACCAACUUCUCAAAUAAAUUCUACAGUGGAUACAAUAAUACAUCAAGCCCAACACUCUCACACAGAUCCCGCACUAGUCAGAGUCCAGGUCCUCGUGGGAGAGGAUCAUCGAGGCAAAUGAGAAUGCACAAAGGUUACUCUGUCCCCUUUGAUGAACUCCGUAUGGCAGCAAUGUAUGGAAAUUUACCCGUAGUCAGAUCUUUAGUCAAGCAAGGCAUUGCUGUAGAUCAGAUUCUGAAGUCUGGAUGGACAUGCCUGAUGUAUGCUUGUUCUUGUGGGAAACCUCGAGUGGUCGAGUUCCUGCUGCAACAAAAUGCUGACACUAAUCUCCAUAAAGAGUUGUUUACCGCUCUCAUGGCUGCAUGCGCUUCCAGCCGUGAAUGUGAAGCAGACCUUUUGGAGUGUGUGGAAUUGUUGCUCAGUUACGGUGCUAAAGUGGACGUUGCAGAGCGACAUCGUAUGACAGCCCUCAUGUUUGCCAGUAAAGAAGGGCGAACCACAAUUGUUCAGAGGCUUAUUGAUGCAAAAGCUGAUCUCAACAAGCAGGACAAUAAAGGGUGGACUGCUCUGUGCUGGGCAGCUACAAAGGGGCAUGGUAAAGUGGUACGAAUCCUGCUGCAGCACUUGGCGGAUCCAUUAAAAAUGAACACCCAUGGACAAAGGGCAGCAGACAUUGCACUUGCUGCAGGUUACCCUCAGAUUGCCGACAUUCUGGAGCGUGUGGCUGUUGGAGGUGCCAAUCUAUCAUUUACGGAAAGCAGUGCUGAAAGUGUCAUGAUCAAGUACCCUGUAGAAAACAAAAUGCCACAGUCUUAUGGAGAACUUGAGAUGGUGUUGACAGGACUGGAUUUGUCAUACAUGAUCACUUUGUUUCAGGAACACAAGGUGUCAUUUGAGUCAUUUCUGCGCCUAUCGGAGAAAGACCUUGAAAAUAUGAAUGUGACUGCCAUAGGAGUAAGAAAGAAGAUUUUGCAUGCAAUAAAAGAGAUCAACAAAAAAGAGUGGCAAACCUCAAGUCUGCCAAAUAUGGCAAUGGACUCAAUGAUUACGGUUCCAGAAGCGGUAGCCAUGAUAGCAAAUAUUAACAAGCAUAUUCGAUACAUGCAUGCAUCGGUGGGCUAUCUGCGAGACCAGUUGCAAUGUAAUCCCAAGCUGCUUCAGUUAGGCCAAGAAGUUCAUUCUGUUUCCACUCUAUCAUCACAGUGUGGGGACUCGAUAAAAUUUAUACAGUCUUUUCGCGAGGAACUAAGGUUCUUUAAAAUUCAUCUUGACAAGGUAUGUGGUAAUGCAGAGUACAGUCCAGCUGAUCUCAUCGUAGAUUGCGUGGAUAAUGGAAGAGUGUGGCAGAGACGUCUUUUGGCCUCUUUAAUUACUACCACAGCAGUGGCCACUAUCCUUUGGUACUCAAGACCACAGACCUUUGCAAGAAUUUUCAGCAUCAAAAUGCCACAGAAUACUGUAUUGCUCGAUAUAUAACAAUUUUGGUUUUCGAGCAAUACAGUAUUCUGUGACGUUUGGUGAAAAUGAACUGCAUGGCAGAAACUGGUGAGAACACUUGUCAUUAAAUAAUUAAUCACAUAUCAUCUUGAGUUAACAUGUACAGUAGAUCACAAGUAACUCAUUCACUCAUUUCCAGUGCCUAUACCCAAGAAAUAAAAUGGCUUUUACUUAUCCAGGUGGAACUAACUUUGUGUAGUAAUGUGAAGGCACAGAAUUAUAGAUCAAAUAAUUUCAUAUGAACUAUUAAUAACACAAAGUUUCAUUUCUUAUAAGUGAUGUUAGUAGCUUCUGGCACUGCUGAAGGUAAAUAUAUCCAAAAUAUGAGUGCCUUUAACUAUUAAUGGUAAGAUUUAAAUCAUUAUUAUGCUCUUAACUACGCUGAUACUCUUGGCACUUUGAUGGUUCUAAAUUGUUGCAUCAUUUGUUGCCAAAAUAGUCAAGCAGUAUCCCUUUUUUUCCACAUUCAAAAAAGGAUGACACAAGGAGAAUUGUGCCUGAUAAUUUGUAAUUUAAGUAUAUAUUGAAUAGGAGCACAAACUCCUACCACAUUAUCUGAAUUGUUUUCACUUGCACAGUUCUUUUUGGCCAUACAACAGUGGCUUCUUGUUUUUUUGUUUUGCAUUUAAAGAAAUUACUCCCUGCCCAUGUAUUGAAAUAAAAAUUACAUAAAAUAAAACCAAUAAAAUAUUUAUCAAAGGGUAAACAAGAGCAUGAAAUUUAAAUUUAAGUAGAUGAGUAAAUUUAAGCAAGUCAUAUAUUAUUUUAUUUUGGAUUUUUAAAAUUUAUUUUAUAGCUACUGUAUUUAGCCAUCUUGAUAGUACCUGUUAGGAAUAUUUAAUGCUGUAGGAGUUAUACAGUGUGAGGAAAAUAGGUUUAUUUUUCUUAAUUGCUAUUAAUUUUGUAGUAAGUGAUUGUGGAAUUAAAAUGUAUAGGAAUAUUAUAAUUAUUUAAAUUCGACCUAUACAGUUGUGAUGAUAAAUAUAAGUUUUGUGAGUGCAAUACUAGUAUAUUGAUUAGGUAGGUUAGUAUAUACAGCGUGUGUGUGUGUGUGUGUAUAUAUAUAUAUACAGUACUGUAUAUAUAUAUACAAGUACUAGUCUCGGAUGUUUAUUGAGUAAUCUAACCAUAACUUUCGAAAUGUGGUACAGAUUAUUCUGAUAUAUAGUUUAUCAUAAGUGAUGUUAUAGUACAAAUAAAGCCUUCCAAU